CCGGCGCGCGGCCGUGGUCUCGCGCAGGGCGGCGGGAUGUCGGGGCCCAACGGGGAGCCGCACGUGCCCGCGCGCGGCGCCGACGACGACGGGGACAGCUUCGGCGAGGAAGAAUAUGCAGCAAUAAACUCUAUGCUGGACCAGAUCAACUCCUGCUUGGAUCACCUGGAGGAGAAGAAUGAUUACCUGCAUGCCUGCCUCAAAGAACUGCUGGAGUCAAACCGCCAGACCCGCCUGGAGUUCCAGCAGCAGAGUGAGCAGCAGAGCGAGGAAACUAAAGUGCAGGGAUCACAGCCUCCCAUGUAGUGUGCUGCCCACAAAAUCCCAGUUGGUGUUGCUACAGGGACCUGUACUGGUCACUGAUUUAAUGUAAAACUUGAAUAGAAGAGGUACCUCGUGCCUGUUACUUCUUCCUUCCUCUGGCUGUAUCCUGCCACUCACCUCCAUGUUCUCUUGUUCUUUAGCUGGGAUAGGUGUGAAAGCUCACAGGUGGAUGUAGGAGAGAUGGUUCUUUUUGCUUUCCAACACGAGCCUUGGUUAAAGCUGGCUGUAGGAAACCUGAUACUGUGCAGGUUGGUUGCAGGCAAGCCCUCUUCACAAAGAGGAAGAAUGAUCUCUGCUCCUUGGCAUUGGUAAAUCCGAGCAAGGAAUGUUAAGAGCUCUCACUUUUUCCCCUCUAAAAGCACAGCAGGCAAGGACUGUCGUGAUACCAGCUUGCCCCUCAAUGCAUCUCUGCCACCAGACUCCGAGAGAGUCCUUUGGGCAGCCCCUGCCUUGAAAUGACAUCUUCCCCCUUACCAAACAUUGGCAGAUGCUCCCACAUCUGCCACGAUUAUAGUUUUGUUGAUGUAAUUUGAAAGUGCCCAACUCCUUAAGCUGCCGUUAAGGACUCGGGCAUUAGAGGGCAGCAGAGCAGCCUGGGUGGCGCCUGCCACAGCAUGAGCUGCACAGAGCCAAGGGACAGGCGUGGGGAACAGUCCUCCUCCCUGUAUGUGCUGACACGAGUAUGCGUGAGCAUUCUGGUCUGAAGCUUCAUCAUCGUGGCUUGGGGCCAGGACUGUGAAACAAGUUUUACUGUUCUGCUUCUGUAAAGGGAGGGUUGGUGGGUUUUUUGAAAGUUAAAAAAGUUAUUUAUAAGAAAUCUGUUUUAUUAAAGUCAGUUUGAAACAAAAUUUGUUCCUGAGAGUCUCCACUGUAAGAACAGACUGUAUCAAGCCUUAACGAAGCAUUAACGAAGGACCAAGAUGCACAUCCUUGCCUAGCUCUGGCAAGUGCUGGUUCAAGAGUGGGCAUCUUUGAAAGGAAACUGUUUCGAGAAGCAGAAUUGGGCACACAGUCUCCUAAGAAAGAAACUUUUCAUCUGCCUGGAAACAGGAGAGGAACUAAUAUGAAUUCUGCUGAAAACUCUGCCUCCAGAUUUCAUGAACUUUGUCUCCUAUGGGAAUGACAUGACCCUCAUCUUUCAGGUUCCACAAUCGAAGCCUCUAUCUUUCCACAUCAUUGCUGUGGAAGGUACCUGUGCAAGUAAUAACCAACACCAUCCUGUAUUAGACACGCUAAAGCCAGGCUUAUUUUAUUCUUAAAAUAAAAACAGCAGUAAAGUUGAAGGUUUUUGCUCUAUUAAAAGACUCAGAAAAUAAACAUUUCCAGCAAA